AUGUUCAAAAGUUUGUUCAAAUCUAGCUCAAGGAAUUUCACCAUGUCACCAACUGUUUCUUCGGCUUCUCCUCGUCACUUGAAGAGCAUGUUAGAUGUCAACCACCAGGAAUUGACCGCUCUUGUUGAUAACGCCGCCAAGUUCAAGGCAAAUCUCAAGGCUGGCGUGAAUGCUCGUGAAUAUCAUCAAAAACUUUUGGGAAAAUUAGUUGCUAUGUUAUUUUCCAAAAGAUCAACCAGAACCAGAGUCAGUACUGAAGGUGCUGCUGCUUUCUUUGGUGCCCAACCAAUGUUUCUUGGUAAGGACGACAUUCAAUUGGGCGUAAACGAGUCUAUUUAUGAUACAACAAAGGUGAUUUCUUCAAUGGUAUCUUGUAUCUUUGCCAGAGUGAAUAAGCAUAGUGAAAUUUUGGAACUCUGCAAGCACUCAGAUGUCCCUAUUAUCAAUGCCUUGUGUGACAAGUACCAUCCAUUGCAGGCAAUUGCCGAUAUUUUGGCCAUCAAGGAAGCUUUUGGUACUACUCAAGGAUUGAAAUUGACCUGGAUUGGUGAUGCGAACAAUGUCAUCAACGACUUGGCCAUAGCAGCUCUCAAGUCGGGAAUUUCUGUAUCUGUGGUGACACCUUCAGAUAUAAGCUUUGACAGCGAUAUCAAGCAAGAGGCUGAAAAGUUGGCUGAAGCUUCUGGACUUAAAUUCGAGACCCUGCACGAUCCAAUUUCAGCAUUGAAUUCUGCUAAUAUAGUCGUUACCGAUACAUGGAUAUCUAUGGGUGAAGAGGCUCAGAAACAAGCCAAAUUGAAGCAGUUUGCAGGGUUUCAGAUCAGCCAGGAAAUGAUCAAAAAAAGCAAUAUUGCUUCGAAUUGGAAAUUUAUGCAUUGUCUUCCUCGUCAUCCCGAAGAAGUUGCAGACGACGUUUUUUACAGCGACAACUCAAUUGUGUUCCCCGAGGCGGAAAACCGUCUCUAUGCUGCCAUUUCUGUGCUCGAUGCGUUUGUGGUCAAUAGGGGUAAAAUCAUCUAG